CGCAAACUUGGACAUGCUCUGCAGCUCCUCUCCGGAUUAACUGCUACUUCAACAGCAAUUGAUCGCCGUCCGGAGCAAUUGAAUCUUCGCCUGUCCUCCGUGCGGCGAAGAGAAAUCGUUUCUUUACUACAGAAUACUCUUUUCUUCGGGAAAAAGCGAAAAUGAAUCGUGGAAAGAGGGCGGCCCCGGAGACUCGUCCGAGGCACCGCUUCACCAUGGCCACGCUCCGUGGGGAGCGACAGCCAGAGCUAAGCAAGAAGCUGUUUAAAAUGAUCAAGACAGAGAACCACGUUAUCGACGCCUAUGAAUCCGCAGGACGCGAUCGUAUCUCAGUGGCCUCUCAAUUGUCCGAGUGGGGGGAAUCAACAGGAGAUGCGGCGAUUUCCGAUAUCUCGGAUAAACUGGGCGUCGUCCUUGCAGAGCUUGGGGAGCAAGAAGAUGCCUACGCCCAGAAUCUGGAAGACUCGCGCAAUAUCUUGAAGCACAUUCGAAACACAGAAAGCUCUGUCCAGCCGGCCCGUGACCACAAAACAAAGCUCAUCGAUGAAAUUCAGAGGUACAAGCAGAGGGACCCUGGUAGCUCCAAGGUAACUACUCUGGAGCAGGAGCUUGUCAGGGCGGAGGCACAGGUGUUGGUUGCCGAAGCACAGUUGACGAAUAUGACACGCCAAAAAUUCAAAGAGUCAUACGACAUGCAGUUGGCAGCCACGAUCGAGAGAGCCGAGAAGCAAAUUAUCCUAGCCCGCCACGGGCGCAGGAUUCUGAACCUGCUCGAUGACACUCCGCUGGUUCCGGGAGAAGCACGGAGGUCUUACGAAGGUGCGGAGCCAGGGAAGCAAAUCCUUGAGGAUGCAGAACAAGAGCUCCGGACGUGGGAGCCGAGUGUCGAACCGAUCCGAUCUUCCGCCCAUGGAGUUGGCCCUGGAAUGCUUCCGACUCAUCCUCGGGAAGAUGCGGACGGAGACACAUAUACCAACGGUGGACCAGAGGAAAUGACGUACCAGAAAGAAACACGAUCUGCUAAUGAGCCAGGAGGAGCGGGGGCAUAAAUUGCGCCCUAAUUGUUGGAAUUAUAUCCUUGGUACCCUGGAUACUCCCAUCUCUUUGCAUGCAAGUUUUUUGCUUUCAAGUAAAUUACGGGUGAGC